AUGAUUGAAAACGUAUCUCGUAGAGCUUUUAUCACGUCAAGUGGAUCUUAUAACGUUCGAGCUUCUGAACAAGCAAAAGAAAGACGACGAAAAACUAUUGAUUCAGUGGUUAUUUUUCUUGAUGACACACAGCAUACAUUUCGUAUUGAUAAGCAUGCUAAAGGCCAAGAAUUGUUAGAUGCUGUUUUCCUUCACUUAGAGUUAAUUGAAAAAGAUUAUUUCGGUCUUCAGUUUGUCGACAAUGGUAAUUUAAAAAUUUAUAAUUAUUAUUUUACUGUAGUAUUUUCAAAAAAAGCAAUACUUGAGAUAAUAUUUUUGGUAAAAUUUUAUGUUAUGGAUCCUAGUAAAUUGCAAGAAGAAUACACUCGAUAUCAUUUUUACCUACAAGUUAGGAAAGAUAUUUUGUCUGGAAGAUUAAUAGUUCCUACUAGUGCUGCUUGUUUGUUGGCAAGUUAUAUGGUUCAAUCCGAAUUGGGAGAUUAUAAUCCUGUAGAUCAUUCUUAUGGAUAUUUGUCUACACUUGCAUUAAUUCCUAAUCAAAAUGAAGAACUUGAAAGAAAAAUAUGCGAGCUCCAUAAACUUCAUAAAGGGCAAACACCUGCAGAUGCCGAAUACAAUUUUUUAGAUCAUGCCAAGAGACUGGAAAUGUAUGGAGUAGAUUUACAUAAAGCAAGGGAUUCUUCCAAUAAAGAAAUUUAUUUAGGAGUUUCAUCCAUAGGAUUGGUUGUCUUCCAAAACAAUAUUAAAGUUAAUACUUUUUCCUGGUCUAAAAUAGUAAAAAUUUCAUUUAAGCAGAAACAAUUUUUUGUUCAGCUUCGACGGGAACAGAGUGAAAAUUAUGAUACCCUCCUAGGUUUCAACAUGGUUUCUUAUCGUUCUUGUAAGAGUUUGUGGAAAUGUUGUGUGGAACAUCACACAUUUUUUCGAUUGCAGUCACCGCAAUUAAGGUCAAGACGUUUUCCUUUAGGUUUAAGAUUUGGUAUUGGUUCUAGAUUUUCUUACUCUGGUAAAACAGAAUUUCAAACGGUUGAAGAGGGAAAACAGAGAGCUAAGAUGGAACGCAAUUUUGUUAGGUAA